GGCGACCAGAUGAUAAUAAAAAAAGCUGUGAGCCCAGGGGCUCUAAGGCACUUGUUCUGUGGCUCAUCCAAGCCUGUGCAGCUGUUGAACUGUGUGUUUGUGUGUCUGUCCUGGAGGUUCUGAGUUCCGAAACAGAAGGAAGCUGCGUCUGUGAGAAGAUGAAGCCCAUCUGUCAGAAAGCCACCACUUACAGCCUCUUCUUCUUCAACCACCUCUUCUUUGUCCUGGGGGCCAUGCUGAUGGGCUCCGGACUAUGGCUCUUGUUCGACAAGAGAAACUUCAUCACCAUCCUGCAGAUCUCGACGUCCACCAUGUACAUCGUGCCUUACACCCUGAUUGGCGUCGGGGCCGUCACCAUGGUGAUGGGGUUCCUGGGCUGCGUAGGGGCCUUCAGCGGGAGCCGCUGUUUCUUGGGACUGUACUUCCUCGGCCUGCUGUUGCUCCUGGUGGCCCAGGCCACCACCUUCUUGCUCAUCUACCACCGUGCGAAGGCCAUGAAGGAAAAAACGCCCACCUUUGUCCUCCACCUCAUCCGGUACUACGACCUGAGGCACGAAACCAACAGGUCCGCCAUGCUGGCCUGGGAUUAUUUCCAAUCCAAGAUGUCUUGCUGCGGGUGGAUCGGGCCGGAAAACUGGAAGCUGAACCUCUUCCUCCAGCAGAGAAAUUACACACUCUACCCUUGCUCUUGCGGCGUCAACGCCACCAGCUCGGACGCAGCGAUAGGCUUCUGCCCUCUGGCUGCUCCUUCCGACGCCUUUGACAGCUGGCCGGUGAGGAAGACGGGCUGCGUGGUCUCCGCCCGUAAAUGGUUUCAAGAGAACAACGAAGUCAUCAUAGGGGUCUGUGCAGCCGUCUCUCUCACCGAGGUGUUGGGAAUGGUGCUGUCCGUUUGCCUCUGCAAGAGCAAAGCACUCUGAGGAGAAUUCACCGGAAGUGGCCAAGGGGCAAAGGCCACUUUUGAUGCCGACACAGGCUCGGGCAAAUCUCAUCCAUAUUUUAUUUUCAGUCCACUUCUGGGCCUGUCUUGACAAGUCUCUGAAUGCACCUCCUCUGCAGCUCUCUGUUACCAUGGCUAUGUGUAAAUAAACCUUGUGCCCUACCCAAUUUGCGGUAAUCUGGGGGACUUUUGACCACUGGGAGUGCUAUCUCUCUCCCUUUCACUGUCACACAAGAGAACCCUUACUCUAAUUCGCCUCCCUUGCCUUCACUUCCUCAGAUCUACUUAACCUGUUUGCUGCAAAUGUUUGCAAUAUUUCACUA